AUGCAAAAUCCUUUAAUAACAAGUACUUUAUAUUUUCCAAAACAAUCAAAUAUGAAUAAAUAUAAAGGAUUGUUUGAAUUAAAAAAAAACCAAUAUCUCAGUCCAGCUGAAAGGAGAAUUAAAGAAAGGUAAGAAAAAAAUAAUUAAACAUCUGAUUUUGAAAACACUAUAUUAAUAACUAAUUCUGCAAAAUUAAUAGUUUCAUAAAGAAGAAUUACUUUUGAAAAUCAAAUUAAUACUACAGACGAUCCUUAUUUGUAAAAAAAUGAAAGCUCAAUUUCUUAGAGAUAUUUAGCAAAUUUUAAGAUGUUAAAAUCAUAAAAAUAAAUAUUACCUUCACUACCUAAUUAAACUAAUAUUAGUUAAAUAAAAUUGUAGACAAGAUAAUUAUUUGCUAAACCAUUGCUUAAAAAAUAAAAAAGCCUUGAUCAUGUUGUUUAAAUCUGUUAUUAAAAUAAACAUUUUCCUCAAUUAUAAGAAGGAGCAAGUUUAAAAUGUUUAUUCAAAACUUCAGUUUAAAAAGAUAAUGAUUAUGAUAAAAUUUUAAUUAUUUAAUUUGAAAGUAAAAAAUUAUCAAAAAAUUAGAUUUUGCCUUAAAAAGAUCCUGCUCAUUUUGGGAGAAUUAGAAUGAAAUAACUAAUUGUGGUAACAGUUUAGGAUUAAACAAUUAAGAAUAUUGUGAUAAUGCAUUUUGCCUUUGUAAUUUAAGAAGAGAAUUUAAAAAUACACUGAAAAUGUACAUCAAUUAUUUUAACAAAGAUUAUCAAAAGCUUUUAUAAUAAUCUUUUUAGUUUAAAAUACUAAUUUUAUGUUAAAAUGGCACAAAUAUCUUUAGGAUUAAAAUUAUUAAUAUGAUGCACUAUAUAAAGCUCGCUUACCAAAAAAUGUUCGUACUGGUGGCAUUCAUUUGAGUAGAGUCUUCAAUGAUUUUUAGAAAUUUAAUUUAUCAAAAAUAAUUUACUUUGAUUCAAUAGAUAUAACUAAUAUAUCUUAAAUACAUCCAGAAGAUUUGUAGUAUAAAAUUCCUGUAGCAAAUUGCAACAUAGAUGCAACAAUUUUUUUGUUGAAAAAAAAUUUCUAAUCGAAGUAAUUUGAUUCUCAAUUAUUACACAACAUAUCUAUUGCUUUUUAAUAAGGCAAAGAACAUGUCCUUAGCAAAAAAUAAAUUUAUUUUGAGAAUAUUGAUUUACGCUUUGUUUUUGAUUAUUAUUCUGCCUAGAAUUAAAUUAGUAAGAUUAUUUUACUAAGAAAGCUUAAUGAUUUGAAAUAACAAUAUUAGAAUAUCUUAGAUAAAAUCAAUGAUCAUUCAAUCUAAUUAGAAAAAGAUGAAUAUUUAAUUUAGUGGAUAUCAUCUACAAGAAAUGAUUUUAUAAAUGAUUUCAAAAUUAAAAAAAAUGAAAGAGUUCCUCAGUUUUAUUUUACAAUAGGAGAUGUAAUUGUUCGAAAUUAAAAAUUAAAAUGGCAACAUUUUAGCUAUAAAAAUGAAAAAAUAUAGAGUAAAUAUGAAAAUAUUAGUAAAUUGAUAGCUAAAUUAAAUUAAGAUUAUGAGAGCUUUGAAAAGCAUGAAAAUGUAAUUAAAAUUAAUUGUAUACUUUGUAUUGAAUGA